AGCGUCGUUAUAUCGCCGAAUGUCGGCGCUGUUUUUUCCUCAUCACAUCCUCAACUCGGUUGUUCCGCAUUGCUUCGGGUGCCGCAUCCAAAGGCUGCUGCUUAUCAUGGCGUCGGCCCUUUGUCGUCUCGGCUGGGUUUCGGCUGUCAGAAACGUCUUCGCCUCGCCGGCUAAGACUGUGACAGCGUGUCGGACAGCCGUGUGCUCCUCCUCCGGGGCCAUUCUACCCAAACCCAAGAAGACCCCCUUCGGUCUCUGGCGGAUUGCGGCGAUAGUGGUGCCCUUCCUGUACAUGGGGACUCGAAUCAGCAAGAACUUUGCUGAGCUGCUGGAGGAACACGACAUCUUCGUCCCAGAGGAUGACGACGACAACUGAGCGAAUCAAUCAAGACGAUCAAUUGGCGCCAGAUUUUGUUUUGACAUAUCGCCUGGGAGGAAUCACCGCUACACUGAAGUUCCUUUGCCGUCGUCGGGAUUUUUUUUCCAACAGUCACUGAUCCUGAAAAAGUCUUCUUGUGUUGUUGUGCUAUCUUUGCAUGGAGUCGGAAAUAUUUUGAUAUCGGACUAUUUAAAAACGGUCAUCACUAGAAGUGGGAGUCUUCAACAUUUGCAUUCUCCUAACACCAUUAAAGUCUCUAAUUUAACUUUAUAUGGCUUGAAAAAUAACAACUAUUCUUGAUGUUAAAGAUUGUCAUGAGAGAUUUUAAAAUAUUUUUACAUUUUC